AUGAAGCUGGGUCUCAUUCUCGCUCUCGCGACUCUCGCGCUCGCCCAUCCCCCACCACCUGCUCAGUGCCCGCAGUGCAAGCCGCUGCCUCCCGACAACCAGUGCCACAUUACGACGUCGUGCACGUUCAACUGGGGCCAUACGGGACCCGGUGCGGCGCCGUACUACUGCGCUUGCCGCCACGGCUACCGCGCAACCGGCUACGAUCCGAAGGAUACCAGCAUUCAAUGGCGUCUGCCGUGGUAUGCGGGCCCGAAUGGCCAGCCGAGCCAGGAGGGACGCGUCUUCGUCAAGCCUGGUGUGAAUUGCGAUACGCUUUGCGAUAAGUGGUAUGACGGUGCGAAGGGGUGCCAGGAGGUUCAGCUGAGGUCAAAUUGUAUGUAG